CCAAAAUAUUUCGAAAACUCAGUGCCAAUUGUGAAAAUAAAGCAACAGGUCAAGGGCAAUUCCGCUGAAUUUGUUAGCUAUAAAAAGCGGAACGUCUACUCUGUUCCUCCUCUGUCGCAUCUUCCGGUAAUUCAUACCCGAGGGGAUAAAGAUAUCUGAGAAAUUUCUAUAUCUAUUCAUUCUAAAUUUUCCAGCAUGGAGAGUAUUCACAGCUUUUGGCAGUUGGGUGACGAGCUCCGAGGACAGUCGAAAGUGUCAGAGGAUCACAAGUGGUUGGUGGCGGCUUCAAAAUUGGCUGAGCAGACAAGGUUAAAGCCGGAGCGAAGAAUCAACUUAGAUCUCUCGAAGGGUUCUGCGGAAAUGAGGCCCAGGGAUAAUUUUGCAUUUCAGGAGGACAACAAGUUUGAAAGUUUUAACUUCAACAUGUUAAAUUUGGAGGCAAAGUUGAAUGAGAAUGUAACCAAAAGUUCAUUGAGGACUGGUAUUUACAAUAUGAAUGCUGUUUAUCAGAAUCCCAAUGUCAGCUCUCUGGCAAAUAUUUCUGGAAGCAAAUAUAACAAUAUCAACCACAUCAAGGAGCCUAAUAACAGCAACGGCAACACCACUAGCAACAAGGAGGACAGUGUAAAUUCAAACAAUGCAGUUGACAAAAGGUUCAAGACCUUACCUGCCGCAGAGACGCUGCCAAGAAAUGAGGUUCUUGGUGGAUAUAUCUUUGUCUGCAACAAUGACACAAUGCAGGAGGAUUUGAAGAGACAACUAUUUGGUUUGCCCCCAAGAUAUAGAGAUUCUGUAAGGGCAAUAACGCCUGGUUUACCUCUGUUCCUCUACAAUUACACUACUCACCAAUUGCAUGGUAUCUUUGAGGCAACAACUUUUGGUGGUUCCAACAUUGAUCCUACUGCUUGGGAAGACAAGAAGUGCAAAGGAGAAUCAAGGUUCCCUGCUCAGGUGAGAAUUCGUGUCAGGAAACUCUGCAAGCCUCUGGAGGAAGAUGCUUUUAGGCCAGUCUUGCAUCAUUAUGAUGGUCCCAAGUUUCGCCUUGAGCUCUCUGUACCUGAGACGUUGGACUUGCUAGAUCUCUGCGAACAAGCUGGUGUCUAGAAUGCUGUUGCCGACAAUUAAUCCAAGCCCAGCAUAAACAAAUUUAGUAAUGUAUGUCUAUGCUGUAGUUUUGUGGAGCAUCCAAGUGCUUUUCACAGAUUUUCCAUGGAGCGCAAGCUUGGGAGGUAAAAUCUUGUUGUGCGACUUUUAGAGGCUAGGAUUGGCUUGUCUGUAGCCAAAUAAAUGUAAUGGUGCUUUGUGAAGAUUUAAGUAGCUUCACUAUAUUUACCCUUGUAAUCUUUAUACAGACGACCUCGUGUAUGAAAAUGGAAGCUGGGUAACAGCCUGGAAGCCUUGUAAUAUGACUAGAUUGUGUUUGUGUUGUGCCGAAGGUGUUGCAAUACUGCAUACCCUUAAAACGCUAUUUGCAUAAUUAUGAGUAACAAAGGAACGUAUUUCGGUGUCU